GAUUAGCAUCCACAGCGAGUCCACAAGUAGGUCGUUCACUUGCGCGAUCGAGGCUCCGCUGCAGGUUGGCUAGUCAUUAUGAUCCGUGCUUUGAUAUUGAGGACUCUUCCGCGGCUGAACGCUGUGUCGGCAUGCCGCUACUCGGUCGCCGCCAUACCCGCACCGAACGCCCAGCCGGAGGUCCACUUUAACAAGCUGUUCAUCAACAACCAAUGGCAGGAUGCAGCGAGUGGAAAAACCUUCCCCACUGUCAACCCCGCGACUGGGGAGGUCAUCUGCCACGUGGCUGAGGCCAGCGAGGUUGACGUUGACAAGGCAGUGAAAGCAGCACAGGAUGCUUUCCGGUUGGGGUCGCCAUGGAGACGGAUGGAUGCCUCUCAUCGCGGCCUUCUUCUCAGCCGCUUGGCUGAUGCGAUUGAGAGGGACGCUGCCUACCUUGCGGAACUGGAGACUCUUGACAAUGGGAAGCCAUAUGCUGUUGCUUACACCGUGGAUGUGCCCAAUGUGGUGAAAUGUUACAGGUACUACGCAGGAUGGGCUGACAAAUGGGAAGGAAAGACCAUCCCCAUUGAUGGAGAUUAUUUCUGCUACACCAGACAUGAACCCAUUGGAGUCUGUGGACAGAUCAUACCGUGGAACUUCCCUCUCUUGAUGCAGGCGUGGAAACUUGGCCCUGCUCUUGCAACGGGUAACACGGUGGUGAUGAAAGUUGCUGAGCAGACGCCGCUCACUGCACUCUACGUCGCCAACCUGAUAAAAGAGGUGGGCUUCCCUGAAGGUGUGGUGAAUAUUUUGCCUGGCAUGGGGCCGUCAGCCGGAGCUGCCAUUGCAAGACACAUGGACGUUGACAAAGUGGCCUUCACAGGAUCCACAGAGGUGGGUCAUCUCAUCCAGCAGGCGUCAGGCAACAGUAACUUAAAAAAGGUCACUCUGGAGCUUGGAGGAAAGAGUCCCAACAUCAUCCUGUCCGAUGCAAACAUGGAGGAUGCGGUGGAGCAGGCCCACUUUGCUCUGUUUUUCAACCAAGGCCAGUGUUGCUGCGCUGGCUCUCGCACGUACGUCCAGGCCGACAUCUACGAGGAGUUUGUGGAGCGCAGCGCCGAGAGAGCAAAGAGACGAAUCGUGGGGAACCCCUUUGACUUAAACACAGAGCAGGGACCCCAGGUGGAUGAGGAGCAGUUCAACAAGAUCUUAGGUUACAUCAGCAGCGGGAAAAGAGAAGGUGCCAAACUGAUGUGUGGGGGCGGCGCAGCUGCUGACAGAGGAUACUUCGUCCAACCUACCGUAUUUGGAGAUGUCCAGGACAACAUGACCAUCGCCAGGGAGGAGAUCUUCGGUCCGGUCAUGCAGAUCCUGAAGUUCAAGACGCUGGAGGAGGUGGUGGAGAGAGCCAACGACUCUAAAUACGGCCUGGCAGCUGCUGUGUUUACUAACGACAUCAAUAAGGCCAGCUACAUUUCCAACGCACUCCGUGCUGGCACAGUCUGGAUCAACUGCUACGACGUGUUUGGGGUCCAGGCACCGUUUGGAGGUUACAAGGCUUCGGGGAACGGCAGAGAGCUGGGAGAGUACGGCCUGGACAACUACACCGAAGUCAAAACGGUGACCAUGAGAGUACCCCAGAAGAAUUCUUAAACGUGAAGCAGCAGCAGCAGAGUUUGAUUCGUGGACACGCUUUACCGUUGAUCAACUUCAAUUAGCAGACAUCCAUACAUUCAGUUUUUGCUUUUUUUUGGAUGUGAAUACAUUUUUUUUCCCACACAGUUUGUACACAUUAUUAGUGUGUGUGUGUGUGUGUGUGUGUUAAAAUGCUUGCA